AUGGAGCCCAACGGCGUGAAUGGCCACAUCGUUCAUAUUACAGAUGGACCGUCGCACAUCAACAGCACGCAUGAGCCAACGGUGGAGGAGCUGGAGCACGCGCUUCCUAUGGUGCAGAACGACAUGAUCCCACUCGGAGAGUUGCUUUCUCGUAUGGCGCAGACAAUUUAUGCAGAGUUGUCAGAGUUAGCUGAGACUUUGCCGAACAUGUCGGAUACUGCGCGAAAGCGGACUUUGGCGGAUUGGGUGGUGGCGACGAAGAAGCAGGUUGUGAAGCUGUAUGCCGUAGUGAAGUGGUCGCGCGAUGCUGGUAUCGUGCAGAAAGCCAUGAAUAUCACAACAUUUCUCAUGGAGCAGAAUAACCAGUUCCUACGUGCGCAGGAUGUUUUGCUGACUCACAGAGAUACUUUGAAUGCGGCGAGAAUGCGCAAUCACGAUCUAUUGACUUCCCUGGACGUUCUUACUACCGGGUCAUAUCGGAGAUUGCCUUCUAAGAUUAAGAGACUGGUCAUACCACCAAUACCGCUUACGGAUGACGAAGUCAAGCACACACUCGAAGAUGUCGAGGACGCCAUCCGCUUCCGUCUCAGGAUGAUAGAGAUAAUCCCUCCUGAGAUGUCUAGCUACCGCAUUGCGGACGGCCGAGUCUCCUUUUUCGUACCGAAAUUGUUUGAGGUAUCUUUGUGUCUACGCGGCGCGAAGAAGGACGAUGGAUGGUUCUUCGUUAACGUCGAGUUUCUGUUCAAUAUCGGAGGAGAUCGAACGGGCCUGCAAGCAGAGUUCCCUCGAAAACCGGUUGGCAUCUUGAGGAGACAUAUCACGGACGAAGCGGAUGCACGACUCGCAUUCUAUCUGCCGCUACCGCCAGAUCAGCCUCCUCUGCCUCCCGGUGUUGAGAUACCACCUAGACCUCAGCUGCCUGAGGGAAUCACGGACGCUCCUCUUGUGCGAGUGUACAACAUGCUCCAAAUGAUGUCAUUAUCUUAUCAAUUGGAGAUUCUCUGGUUCCAGGCAGAGCGCCUGCGAAGCCUCGGAUGGGCAGACUUCCUCACCGUUGAAAUGACGAAUAGCCGGCAAACAAUGGUGGUGUCAUAUUGGAUUCGCAAACCACCGUCCAAAAUCCCUGGCCGACAGCCUCCGCCAAUACCUCUCCUUGGGGGUCGCCUGACGAUCUCGAUCGUUCGCGUGCCAGCAGCGAAGAAUAAUAAGGACAAUCGCUCGCCCAAGGCCCGCGUUCUCGCCGAGCUGCAAGAGAAGGCAAAGCUGGAUGUCAAGCGUCCGUCUGACGAAGUCGAGCCACUGCAAUUUGAAGUGAAGUGGGAGCCGGUGGUGAACGCACUGGGCAUCUCCGUACCGGCUCAGGAUAUCCACCUAUCGCAGGCUGAGCUCGCGAUCGACUCGGAUAACCUAGACUUCGAGUCAUUGCUGCGGAAGGUGCUUGCCAAGCACUCGGAGGCGAUCUUGAAAGUCAUCCAGCAUCAGCUGCAAAAUGGGAAUGAAACACGGGCCAUGUUCUCUCCUCCAGGGGAGAUUACGUUGGUUGUAGAUGAGGGCUUGCUCGCUCUCCGUACUCACCUAUGUGCCGAUGAGGUUGUAAUCAUUACGAUCGAUCCCCGAACUGGGCAAUUAAAUCUGAGAGACAUGGGGGAUCUUGCCGCUGCCGGCCGAGGAAGACGCUAUGCGUUCAUCACCGCUAUGGUAAACAUGGAUCCGCGUACUCUUCCUUACCGCCUGCUUGUGCUCAAGCGUAAUACUAUCAUCGACAACGCGCGGCAAAAAGCGAAUUAUAUCGGCUUGCAGACUUUCAGCACACGGAACUUUCCUCCGGAAGAACUCAGCAAAAUCGGCCGCAGCCGGGAGGACAUGUUGUAUAUCCAAUUGGCCAAGUUUCCGAACCAUUACCUCGUCCUGGUCAUCGCGGACGAAGAUUUCAGAUAUGCUCUCAUCUCGGUCGAAGUGCAGCAGAACGAGAAUGACAUGUUCCCGCAAAUGGCGAUGAGGGACGUCGGCUGGCUGGACGUAAAGCGGAUACACGGUGACGAGAUCAUCGUGGCACAUGCAGACGGUGCUGAUGCUGGCGUGGUUGGACAAAAGCGGAAGCGCGGACUUCAUGAUGAGGGUGAGCACCUACGCUCUAUAGAACAGUAUACGCGACGGUUCAACCUCGAGACGCACACGUUGCGAGAGAUCUAUGCGUUCUGUUGUGCUCGCGUCGCGUAUACGAAGAUUGAACAACAGUUCAAGUCCAGAAGUAUACCAUACACAACCGUCGAUGCGAGCAAUAUCGCAAAGAUACCCGAACUUGCGCUCGUUCAGUCGACGCUCACGCGGUCUAUACCGGCCCUAUGUGUACAAUCGUCGGAUAUCCUGUCAGGCGCCCCAGCUGCGGAGGCUGCGAUGCCAAACAUCCGGAUCAUUCCAUUGCACUGGUGGUCUGAAAAUCAGGCUCAGGUCGUGACGUGUGUCAAACUCAAGUACGUACAGCAACCCAUUGGCAAGAGGGCAAGCAGUAGCAGCAGUAUCAUACGACCAUCGAAAAGAAUCAUCUAUGAUACCACAGAGGCUAUCGUCUCGUUCCUUUCUGAAGACGUGGACAAAUGUGUUGACGAGUUCCUGGAGGAGUGGGGGCGAGUGUCGAAGAUGGUCGUCGUGGCUCGGGAGGUGGCCCAGAUGUCGCAGAAGUACAGAUGGUCAGACGUCCGGCUACUCUCGUUUGACCUGCAAACAGUCGAGUUUGCGUAUUCUGGCGACUACACAGUUUCCAUCACCUGCGUGGAUCAGCUGUCUCUGACUGGCGGGUCAUACGAGUUGACGUUCUCGCGCGUUUCAGAUACAGAUACAAUAGGGCAAAAGCCUCCGGACGGAGGGUCAUCAUACAACCCUCACGAAGAUCUAGAGCCAUAUCUAUGCACCCUACUGAGACACGGCCGAUUGUCAGCGUCUCUACACACGCUCGUCGCCUUGCUACGCGAUACCUUGCCUAUCGUUCUGGAACUUGAGGACAUCAGAAGCGCGACCUCACGAUCAGGAGACAAUGUCGAUGUCUUCCCGAAGUCGGCGUAUUGGUUUAGAAUUCUCUACGGUGAUUUAAGGCAUGCGCUCGAUUUCCGGUUGAUGACAGAAGGCAGGGUCCUUGUCAUGGAUGGUGCCUUCUCUUUGUUCGCCGCCGAAGAUUCAUCCGGAAAACUCGUUGGGUUGAACAACCAAUCUCCGAGCAAGCCUACGCCGCUUUAUCGCUCGGCACCAGAUCGAGCAGCCGAUACCAGCCUCCUGCUGCAACCAAUAGCAGACUUUCCUGCCAUGAUCUCGGAGGUUCUGAAAUCUGUGGGCUCGGCAGGGGUUAGCGGACGGGUCACACCGAUUGAUAUCGGCAUGAUUUGUGACGCCCCCGCUGUCAGAGCUGUGGGGAAAGCGUUGCAUGAUCGGAUUCUGCAACGGCUGGCACGUUGA